AUGCUAGGCAACAUUAUGUUUCGCGUACGCGACAGCAACGCUUUUCCAUCCCCAAACAGAAAUCGAUACGAGGUUGAUCUUGAUUCUUUAUUGAUUUAUUAUCAGAGGCGACAAAGUUUUAUUGCGUUGCCUUGCUAAUUUCUCAAGCGAAGUAGACAUUAUAAAUUGUGUUGUUAACAGUCAUUUUGACGAACGAGAUCAGCAAAUUAUCUAAAUUACAACCAGGAAAAGACCAAGUGUAUUUUAUUUGAAUUUUCUACAAUUUAAAAGACACUAAUAAGAUGGGCGAUCCAUUGGAGUUGACCACAUGGCCGAGUCAUGAAAGUACAUUUUAUGAAAUAACAAGUGGAGCUGUAGCUUUCUCAGUGAGAGCAGCCCGAAAUAUUGUCAUAGGUUUGUCGAGGAAAGUAAUCCGCAGCUGUGAUUAUUGGAUUGUGCUAAGCAAUGAUCACAGUUUUAUAAAAAAGGGCAAUGAGCACCGUGUGAAGGUUCGUACACCUGGGGUUCUUAGUGCGGAGAAUUAUACUAAGUUUUGGAUUACAUGGUAUGGAAACUUCAUAAGACUGGGCCAGGGUGAUGACCCUAAUCCAUUGAUAACAUGCCCUAACAAGGUGCCCGGUUUGCGGUACAUUACUCUUGAUGUGAAGUCGAGAAGGGAACGCACACCUGUGCAUUGGAAAGUUGAAUUACCUCCAAUUAUUCGGAGUCACAAAUUGAAGCCAUUAGAAGCUCCCAAGCCAUUCUGGUAUGAUCCUAAAGAUUAUAUACCAUUUGGGGCAUAUAUUGGUGGAUUUGAAGAUGAACCUGUGUAUGUAGCCAAAGCGUACCACAAUGGUUCAAUGGUUCCGGGCAAGUAUGUCCGGUCCGACAACGUUUGUUAUGUGCCAUGGGGCGGAGCUGCACAAGCGAAAGAUGACUUUCAGAUAUUGUGCGGCUACAAUUUGAUAUGGAUCAGUAGUUACAGUGACAAAGUGCCAGUAAAUGCUGUGCCUGGAGGCUAUUCUGAAGAUGAGGUCCCUGAGAGGCUUUACAUAGGUAGGGCAAGGCAUGAAGGGCACAUUAUACCUGGCAAGGUACAACCGUCUCACAGAGUCUGUUACAUACCAUAUAUGGAUAAAGAAAUAGCCAAAACACACUAUCAGAUUUUGGUGAUACCCGAUGGAAGUGAGAGACGUUCAAAUAAAUUUUAUACGUAUGGAUUGGAAUGCGAUACUGGUUCAGAGUCGGAGAACGAGGAAAAUGAACAAGAUGACUCUGAUUAUGAGUAAAGAGGUCGAGCAAGGAGUUUCUACUGUUGCUACACAUGUAUAACAACAUGUGAUUUUUGAAUAUGUAAAAUUCAUACUAUAUUUAAAAUAUAUCUAUGUUUAGAUGUAAGUUUCAACUAUUUAAUACAAUUUGCAAUUAAUAUGUGAUUAAAAAAUAUAGUUUUAACGAAAUGAUUAUUGAUUUAAUGUUAACUAAAAUUACUGUUUAAUUUUAAUCAAAUAAAUAAGCUGUGCCAUGUCCCAGGAAUGAUACAACAGUGUAUAAAUAUUUUAUUUUGGGUUUGGCAAAGCUAGGCAAUAUGGCUGUGGAUCUUAUAAGGAUUAUACAAUCUCAAUACCGAGAAUGUUUUUUUUUUUGUUUCUAAGGAAUUUAUCUGAAGAAAAGAAAAAUGUACGUCUAUAGCUGUAGAAUAUUGUAGGGUGGAUUGUGGAAAUGUGAGGAUUUGAUAUACUUUGUUAGCGGGUCUAACAAAAAGAAAAUGCCAUUUUUUGAGAAGUAUGAAAAAGCUUAUGAACAACAUUUGAUAAUACAAAGUAAAGAAUGCUGGAAAUAGUCAUGAUGAGAAAAGUAUUGAUUAACGACAAUGUUAUAUACAAGGGGAAAGUCAAUCACGUCCCAUGGAAAUAAGGGUAGGCAGGGUAAGGAAGUAAAUUCUUGUUGGAUCGAGUAUUCUAUGAAAAAACAACAACAGCAACGUUUUGUACAAGUUUUUUGGCAAUGAAAACCCAUCUUUAUAAUAUUCUUUAGUAUGAGAACAACUUAUUUCUCAUAUCUCUGUUGUAGUGACCGCUGAUUUUGACAAUUUGGCAAUAUUUUCAUGUGAUAAUUGUGGUAUGUAAUUAAUUACAUCAAAUAAAUCCUUAGUGUAAAAGGUGAAAGUAGAUUUAAAUAAUUAAAUGCUUGUAUUUUUCUUAUAUAAGUGUAUUUCAGAUUACCAAACUUUGGUGAUUAUUUAGUCGUAUGUUAAUGGCUGGCUUAUGUACCUAUAUGUUAUUUGA